AUGCCUGUAAGCCAAAACUCGAUGCUAAACAUGCUAUACCAAGACCGGCAGAAGGCCCUCCAGGAAUGGGGUUUCAACUGCACCUGCUCGCUCUGUAGUUCCCCUCCCGAAGUGCUGGCCAUCUCAGAUGCCUACCGCAGACGGCUGUCGGAGAUCUUGUCGGAGCUCGAGGACCCGGCCCUCGCAGGCUCGCAAUCUUUAGUAGCGGAGCUGAUCGACGAGCUUGAGGACGUCAUGGCGAAAGAAGGGUUGACAGCGCAGGCGGGCGAGUUCUACGGCAUAGUUGCUGAGGUGUACCGCAAUAUGGGGGAGAUGGAGUUAAGUAAGAAGUAUGCAGAGUUGGCGGUGGAGAAGCUGGUGCAGUUUGCGGGGUACGACGACGACAGGACGGUAAGGGCAAGGGAAGUUCUUUUGGAAUUUGGAGGAACGUGA